CAUUAACCAUUUCUUUGGUUAGGUAAUAAAUGCACUUGAGGAUAUUAUGUAAUCUGCAUUACUGGAAAUUUCAUCAGCAGGUUUCAAGAGAGAGCAAAAGAAAUGGAAUACUUGAAUCUUCUUCUGCUAAUUCUACUUCCUUUAACACUUCUCAAAGUAUUUUCAUGGAUUACUAAAUCUUCACCCACAAAUCUCCCACCUGGUCCAGUUCCAUUGCCCAUCUUUGGAAAUCUUUUCAAACUCGGAAAGAAGCCUCACGAGUCACUAAGUCAAUUGGCUCAAAUCUACGGACCUUUGAUGUCACUAAAACUUGGUUCCUUAACAACAAUAGUCAUUUCUUCUUCAACAAUAGCCAAAGAAGUCUUACAAAAACAUGAUCAAUCAUUUUCUAGUCGCACCGUUAUAGAUGCCAUUACAAUAUCCAAUCACCAUAAAUCUUCAAUAGUAUGGUUACCUCCUACUCCUCAGUGGAGAGCACUUAGAAAAUUAACCAACUCACAUAUUUUCACUACCCAAAAACUUGAUUUAAAUCAAAGCCUGAGGCACCGAAAGCUAGAGGAACUUGUUUCUUACCUGCGGCGAAACGCGAGUUCUGGUUCUGUGAUUGAUAUUGGUCAAGCUGCAUUUACUACUGUGCUUAAUUUGAUGUCAAAUAGUUUCUUUUCAAUUGAUUUAGCUGAUGAUUUUGGCUCAGAUUCUGCUUGUGCCUUUAAAGACGCUGUUAGAGGUUUAAUGUUAGAAGCAGGAAAACCAAAUUUGUCUGAUUAUUUCCCGAUGAUUAGAUUCAUGGAUCUCCAAGGUGUGAGGCGCGGUAUGAGUAAGCAUUUUGGAGCAUUGGAUGAGAUUUUUGAGAAGAUUAUACAACAGAAAUUGUUGACUCUACAGUGUAGAGAGGGGAACACUAGUGACUUGCUAGAUAUGAUUCUUGAUCCAUCCCAAGAAAUUGGAAUCCAGCUUCAACGUCAUGAAAUCAAAUCUUUACUCAAGGACUUCUUUGCUGCUGGUACAGAUACUACCUCGGCCACGAUAGAGUGGGCAAUGGCGGAAUUACUUCACAACCCGUCUAAGAUGACAAAGGCUCAACAAGAGCUUUCAGACAUUUUAGAGAAAGACCGACUGAUUGAGGAAUCAGACAUCGUUCGACUACCGUACUUACAAGCAAUUAUCAAAGAAACGUUGCGACUUCACCCACCGGCACCGUUUUUAGUUCCUCACAAAGCAGAGAACAAUGUUGAAAUUCAUGAUUUUAUUGUCCCUAAAGGUGCUCAGGUACUAGUCAACGUAUGGGCAAUCGGACGAGAUCCUAAUCUGUGGAAGGACCCAACUUGUUUUAGCCCUGAAAGGUUUUUGGAUUCGAAAACUGAUUAUAAAGGUCAAGAUUUUGAGUUUAUUCCAUUUGGAUCGGGUCGUCGAAUUUGUCCAGGUUUACCAUUAGCACAUAGAAUGGUACACUUAAUUGUGGGUUUGCUUCUACAAUCAUUUGACUGGAAACUGGAAAAUGGGUUAAAAGCAGAGGAUUUGGAUAUGGGGGAAGAAUUUGGGUUUACAUUAGCAAAGGCUACUGGUCUUCGAGCUAUUCCAGUUAUUAGGUUAUGAAUGAUGGAAGUUGUAGCUGAUUGUAGUUCAUUAAUAUGGAGUAUUAUCGAGUAGUCAUAUAGUUGUGAUUAUACCACACUUUAGUUCACUUCUUUCUUUCUUUUUUUGCUUUUUUUCUUAGUAUUCCUCCCUCUCCAUCCAAGCAUUUUUGUUUUUUUUUUCAUCAAUUCAACAGGAGCCAGCAGAGAAAUCAAGGUAUAUAACUUGUCGGAUUCCUGCCUUACAGUCCAUU